UGUGAGAGCUGAUUGGUUCCAUUCACUGUAGAGUCACCUGUUGUUCAGAUCAGAGCUCAGACUAGUUUCACUUCUAGGAAACAGAAACUCACUCGGCCGUCGACACUGAGAGAAGAAAUGGAGCAGAAAGGAGUUCAUCUGGACAGAGAAACCUUCUCUUGUUCCAUCUGUCUGGAUCCACUAAAGGAUCCUGUGGCUCUUCCCUGUGGACACAACUACUGCAUGAACUGUAUUAAAAGCCACUGGGAUGGAGAAGACCAGAAAGGAAUCUACAGCUGCCCUCAGUGCAGGAAGACUUUCAUACCGAGGCCUGUCCUGGAGAAAAACACCAUGUUAGCAGAGUUAGUGGAGCAGCUGAAGAAGACUGGACUCCAAGCUGCUCCAGCUGAUCACUGCUAUGCUGGACCUGAAGAUGUGGCCUGUGAUGUCUGCACUGGGAGGAAGCUGAAAGCCUUCAAGUCCUGUCUGGUCUGUCUGGCCUCUUACUGUGAGAAACACCUCCAACCUCACUAUGAUGCAGCUCCAUUAAAGAAACACAAGCUGGUGGAGCCCUCCAAGAAGCUCCAGGAGAACAUCUGCUCUCGUCAUGAUAAGGUGACGGAGAUUUUCUGUCGUACUGAUCAGCAGAGUAUCUGUUAUCUCUGCACAAUGUAUGAACAUAAAGGCCAUGAAACAGUCCCAGCUGCAUCAGAAAGGGCUGAGAAGCAGAAGGAGGUGGAAGUGAUGCUACAGAAAAACCUGCAGGAAAUCCAGGAGAGAAAGAAAUAUGUGGAGCUGCUUAGACAGGAGCUGAAGGCCAUCAAAGACUCUGCUGAUAAAACAGUGAAGGACAGUAAGGAGAUCUUCACUGAGAUGAUCCGUCUCCUCCAGAAAAGAAGCUCUGAUGUGGAGCAGCUGGUCAGAUCCCAGCAGGAAACUGAGGAGAGUCGAGUCAAAGAUGUUGAGGAGAAGCUGGAGCACCAGAUCACUGAGCUGGAGAGGAAAGGCUCCGAGCUGAAGCAGCUCUUAAAGACAGAGGAUCACAACCAGUUUCUACACAACUACCCCUCACUGCCACCACCCAGUGAGUCUACACACUAUCCAGCAUCAAGAUUCGUCCUCUGAGGUACUUUAAGGACGUGAAAGCAGCUGUGACAGAGACCAGAGAGAAACUACAGGACAUUCUGAGAGAGACAUGGACAAACAUCUCAGUGACAGUGACUGAAGUGGAUGUUUUACUGUUACAACCAGAGCCAAAGACCAGAGAUGAAUUCUG